AUGGCUUCUCUUUUGUUUCAGAAUCUCAAAGAUCAAAUUUUAACCACCAACGUCUGGCUCGAACACGAAUGGGAAGACCACAAAUUCAAAUGGGAUCCUGCAGAAUACGGGGGACAAAAAGAGCUGUAUGUGCCAUCGGAACAUAUUUGGUUACCUGACAUAGUGCUUUAUAACAAUGCCGAUGGUGAGUACGUGGUUACUACGAUGACGAAAGCAGUACUACAUCAUUCAGGCAAGGUGCUGUGGACUCCUCCUGCCAUCUUCAAAUCCUCCUGCGAGAUUGAUGUUCGAUAUUUUCCUUUUGACCAACAAACUUGCUUUUUGAAAUUCGGAUCUUGGAGCUAUGACGGUGAUCAGAUCGAUUUAAAGCACAUAAACCAGAAAAAAGGUGACAUGGUAGAUGUGGGUAUUGACCUUCGAGAAUACUACCCGUCAGUCGAAUGGGAUAUCUUAGGAGUACCAGCAGAAAGACAUGAGCGAUACUACCCUUGUUGUCAGGAACCUUACCCAGGUGAGAACAUUAAAUAA